AUGCCUCUAACCGGCUUGCAGCGUUCUAUGCUUAAUGAGUUCAUGCAAAUUACUGGCGUUUCAGAAAGGACUGGCACAAGACUCCUCAAAGGAACAAGCUGGAGAUUAGAGCCAGCAUGCGAUAGUUUCUUCCAAGCAAAUAAUAAUGCCGUUCCCUCAGCUCAAGCAAAGGAAAAGGAGACUUUAACGAAGCUUUUCGAGAGUUACCGCACGUUCAGUGAUGAUGUUAACAUGGUUGGUGUCGAUGGCACUAUGAAGUAUUUUGGGGAUGAUUUGGGUGUCAAUCUCGAAGGUGUUGAAUUUCUUAUCCCUUGUGAAAUCAUUCAAGUGCCAUCAAUAGGAGAGAUGUCUAAAGAGGGCUUUGUUGAAGGAUGGAAGAAGCUUGGCCUUGACACGAUACCGAAGCAAAAAUCACACAUUUCGAAGGCCGUAGCGUCAUUGGCGACUGAUUCAGAGCUAUUCAAGAGAGUAUACAAACACACUUUUGUAUGUGCUCGUGAAAAAGGGCAGAAAGCCCUCUCAUUAGAACUUGCCAGUGUAUAUUGGGAACUCUUGUUCAAUGCACCAGGAAGGCAAUGGAAGACUGCUUCGACGAAUUGGAUCGCAUUAUGGUUGGAAUUUCUCGGACAGAACUGGAAGAAGAGUGUGAACAAAGAUCUAUGGAACCAAACGUAUCAAUUCCAUGCAAAGACAAUGGAGGAUGAAAGUCUGAGUUUCUGGAACGAAGAUGGAGCAUGGCCAAGCGUCAUAGAUGAAUUUGUAGCAUGGGUGAAGAAGAACAGGGGCGAUCCGGAAGCUGGAGAGACAAUGGAGACUGAUUGA